GUCUCUGAGAAGGGCACCUCGUCUCGGCCUCGGCCGUGUGUGUUCUUCGUUUUCUGCGGUUUUGAGCGUGUCGUCACGGACCCAGUUCCAUACUUAUGUAUGAAAAAUGUGCAAGAAUUGGGGCCAUCUUCUCCGAGGUUCACGCUCAGAAAAGUGAGAAAAAGUGGGUCAUCUUCAUCUUACUUACUCUAGCACGCUGAAGAUUCUUAAAAUGGAGCUGAAUUGGUUCGAUAAGAACAAGCCUGCGACGGCGCAGAGCAUGACUAGUAGUUCGUCCGCCUUCGUUGGCAAAGGUCAGCAGCCCCCACCGCCGCCACAGACGAUGCAUUACACACAGCAGCCGGGGGGACCACGCAACGGGAAGGAUCCACUGGGCGAAGAUUUUGCUACCUUGGUUGGCAUGGCUGGGGUUUCUGGUGGUACCGGGGAAACAAAAACCGUGUUGAAAAACGCCGGCGCUGCUUCGUCGUCUACUUCGUUUUUUGGUGCAGGCCCCGCUGCUGUUGGUCCACCAAGCAUGGCGAGUGCAUCGAGUCCCGGCGCGCAACCCUGGGGCGCAGUGACCAGCGGUGGAGCCCCUUCGACGUUGCAACAAGGUGGAGCUGUGCAGCCUUCUCCGAACAACAAUGCCGCAGCAGGCACGGCUGCGACCAGCUCAAAGUUCGAUCCGGCAACGCGUGCCUCUGGACAAGAGCAAUCCCAAUCCUCUCUUGUAACGCCUGGAAUCGGAAGUUUGUGGAACAGCUUCUUCGGUGGCGCAUCGUCGUCCAACCAGGCAAGCGACAAGAAGAAAAAAUCGAAACCGAAAACCGAGAGGGAACUUUCGGCCGUGGAGGCGGAAGCCAGCAUCCAGCAGGCGGUCGGGGCCAAAAAGAACUUGGUCAGCAGCGCCUUGCGGGAGAAGGUGAAGCAAGCCGAAGCGGAGCGGCGGCGGCUCGCCCGACUUGACGCGCAGAUGCAGCUUCUCGACGCCACUGAGCAGAGAGGUACUCCAAAAUCUCUACAGCUUCUUGGUUCUUGCCCCUGUGUGUGCAUUCUUCAACUUUCUGUUUCUUUCUUUUCAAUUGGAACAACCUGGAAAAAGCGAUUGAAAAGGUGAUAUGUACCAAACACACGCACAGAAAUCGCAGUACUGCGAGCACAAGUGGAGCAGAGUGCCACGAAAAUCUCUAUCCUGUCGAAAGAGGCGGAGACAAAGAAAGCGAUUCUAGAAAAAGCAACGCAGGAUUACGUCGAUAUUAGUGAGCGGCUGCAGGAUGCGCAGUCGGAAAAGAAAGAGCUGGAGGAGAGUCUGGUGGACAUGAUUCUGCAAAGCGGCAAAAAGAAGGACGAACAAUUGAACAACCUUCUCUGCGAGAUUGAGGCGGAGGAGAGGUCGGCGUCGGCGGCUGCGGCGACAGAUGAGGGAGGACUCAACGCAAAUAACAAAGACGGAGCUCCCGCUCAGAAAAAGAACGGCGUGGGCAGUAAAUCGAAAAAGUCUGUCGGCGCCGCAGCAGCUUCUGCUGCGGUGGAAAACAAACAAGGCACUGGUAGUGACAGCCCGAAAGCUGCCCCUGGUCGUGCUUCUGCCGAACAACCGUGAAUGCUUGAGAAUUCUGGCUGAGAAAGCAGAUUUAGAAAGAGAAACAAACGAACAAAAAAACAACCGAAU